AUGAAACAGAAGCUUUUUCGAGAGGCUUCUCUAACAUCAGCUCAAGGGUCACUUCUUUCGUAUGCUCUGGUUCCAGAAGGGAAUUUGAGUUUAACAUGGGAAGACGCCACGUAUAAAAUUGAAAGCAAGGCAUACGGCGGGCUGCAAUUGGGCCUGAAUGCUAUGUUCAACGUCACAUUUGACUCAGAUCUCAUGCCUAGCGGAUGGGAGGAGCUGCAAUGGAGCGGGCUCAGUGUGUACCCUGGAAUUUCUGCUUCGGUUCUUCAUUCCAGUACAAAUCUCAGUGAGUCGAUGGAUAAUAUAGCCAGCAGUAUGACUGGUUUUAUGCGGACGAGCGACAAUGCCUUUCAAAUCCCCGGGCAAGCCUAUACGAACACCACUUUUAUCAAAGUCCAUUGGCCUCGGAUCAUUUUACCUGUUGCUACUGUGAGCCUGUCUGGUUUCUUCCUAGUUGCAACUGCACUUUCAAGCAAACGCGCAAAUAUAAUGCUGUGGGAAUCUUCAAUGCUGCCGCUGCUGAAUCUUCGGCUCGUGGACAAGAAGAACAACUUAAGUCUGGGGCGCUUGGGAAAUGUCCACGACAUGGAGAACGUAUCAAAACGUAUCAAAGUUCGAAUGGAGGAGCGAGAUGUAACUAUUCUGAGCGAACAAUAG